GGAGAAAUCAUGUCGCUGCAACAGUAAGAGGAUGGAAGAGGCUGAUCAUCGCUGCACGCCUUGGUGUCAAUCGUUCCCCGUCUCCGCGAAGUUCAUCUCCUGGGCCCCCGGCUGUUGAGUGUCCGCGAAAGUGACUACCUCGAGACUGACCCACUGCUUCGACCCUCCCUCCCUCAGUCCGCGCGAUGCUCCUCCAACGUUAACGACGAGCCCCGAUGGUGACAAUGGCAGACAUUGGGCGUGAUUGCUCUGUCGACCCCGAUGCACAGGCUGCCGUCACCGACUUCCUUGAUUAUACCGAGUACCUUCCUGCGGACCUAAUUCGAUCUCUCACCCUCGUCCGGGGCCUCGACCAAACAUAUCUGAAUCACACCUCUACCUUGAAUGACCUCACCAAGCUCUACGGCUCGCUACCUUCGAUCGCUCGGACCGCUCGUUCAGACGCACAAGAACUCCGCACUCAGAUAUCUUCCCACCUCGACUAUGCGCUCAACGCAAGAGAAUCAGCCUACGGCGAGGCCUGUCGACUCUACGAUGUCGUCGACAGGCAUCAAAACCGGAUGAAGAGCAUAUUAGCAAAAUUAAAUGCCAUACCAAAACCCCCUUCACGCGACCCUACGCCCCCACCAUCCAUCUCACCGCAGAUCAAACGCUCACGCAGCGGGAGAAAACUGGAAGGGACUUCAGCACGUCUGACCCUACACCCUCCUCGAGGCAGUGCAGUUGCGUCGGCAAUACUCAAGAGACCCCGCGGACGGCGGGUGACUGUGCCGGGGGAGGUUCUGCCUCCAUACGAUCCCGACUCACCCAUCGCAAGCACAGAGGUGUCGGAUUGGGAGUCACCUCCACCCUCACCCCCUCGCCCGGUCCUCAAGCUCAAACAGCCGAAAGCGCCAGUGCCGACCCUGCAACAGAAAGAGAAGGCUACCUCGGCCAAGGAUUCUCAGCAGUUCAUUCGCGAGACCACUGAGCCAUACCACAAACCCACUCCUCCCCCUGAAGAUGCACCCAUUGGAAGCAAAUACAGGCCGUGGACACACUUGACCGAGUAUGAAAUGUAUAAACUCAGAAAGAAGAUGAAGAAGAACCAUACUUGGGAGCCUAGCGAUAUCAUGAUCAGACGUGAAUUGGCCGAUCGAGGAAGAGGGUGGGAGAAUUACUAUCGAGCCAAAGCCGAAGCUGAGGCUAACGGGACUACAUUCUACGACCUCGAUAGUACCGAGAAGCCAAGACCAAAGGCAAGCAGAGUAGAGAGUGCAGAGAAGAUCGAGACAUUUGAGGAAAAGGACGAGCCAGAGACAUUCGAAAAGGAAGCGGAUGUGCCUGACGAGGCGGCCGAAGAGAUGCAAGAUACGAUAUUGGUACCAAGUGCAGCGCCCACUCCAACUCAGGCUCAAGCUUCCAAGCCCAAGACGGCCAAAAAGUCGGAGUCAAAGAAGGAGAAAAAGCAAGAUCCAGCCCGAUCACAGGCGGCGUUGGCUGCUCAGGAAGCAGAACUUGCAGCCAGAAGACUUGGUGACAUAGGCACGAAGUUUCGUAAUCUCUUCACGGCACCUUUCGCGUCAGCAUUGGCAUCGUUGAACCGCAGCGCUAGCACACCCACGGGCAACCGUACGGCCAGUCCAGCCAAGAAAGCAGUCGAAAAGACGUCCAAGAAGAGAAAGGCAGAAGAUACCCCUACGUCGUCUCUAUCACCAUCCUCAGAGCCAGACCCCGCGAGAAAGAAGCAAAAGACAGCACCCAAGCCAUCGCCUCUAGCGUCAAGUCCUCCUGCGUCUGCUGUCACCGCGCCUGGCAGUGAACCUGCCGCUCCGAGCGCAGGAACCAUCAAGAUCCCACUGAAACUCACAGUCUCGACGCCUGUCGCGGCGCAAUCGAAAACACCUACUCCGGCUCCAACGACUCGAGCAGCAAGCGUGCAACGCGCCUCUGUGGCGCCCAAGACCGAAUCCACGCCGCCUCUCCCUUCACGACCGCCCUCACGCCGCUCAGCAGCAGCGUCUGUUGAACCACAGCCCUCCAGGCCCAGUCGACGCGCGUCCAUGACACCAUCUGUCACAGGCCGCAAGACACCUGGCGUCGAACUCAGCCCGAAAUCCACAGCCGCAAGUCGUCGGAGCAAGCGCGAUGCACCAGGCACAGUGAUGCAGUCGAGCCAGGACGGUGGAGCGGCUGUUAGUGUCAGUAAGCGAAAGACCAAACCGGCCAAGCAUCAGAAGUCGACAUCGACGCCCAAGGUUGCUGCAGCGGCCACGCCGGAAGCCAAUGCAACAGUCCUCCCGCAGAUAAGGAUUGACACGGACGGGCGCCAGGAGAUUAUUGAUCCAGAUGAGGAGCGGUAUUGUGUUUGUGGGGACGUUAGUUGGGGAGAGAUGAUUUGUUGUGAGUUGGACGAGAAGUGCGACUUCGGCCAAUGGUUUCACAUGGAAUGCGUUAAUUUGGUGGAACUUCCACCACGGACGGUCAAGUGGUAUUGUCCUGGCGAUCGGAAGAAGCUUCAUAAGGGGGAAAACAGUAAUGGGCUUGUGGGAAGAGGGAUUAAGUGAACCUCCAGCGCCAGCGUCAAGAUGUGAUCCUGUCCGGGAAAGGGAUUCGAAAAUCGAGGAGGAUUGGGGGCUAGCAACGACGGCAACCGAAAGGCUCAACGAUGGAGGCCUUGUCGGCGCCAACUUCCAGGUGAUGUGCAUAAUUUCCAAAUAUCACGCAGCUGAAUGAGUAUGGCGCGACAUGUUUGAGUACGAUAUCUUCCAGACUACCUGGUACCAUUGCCAUCGAAGUAUCGAGUUGAUCUGAACUAUCUAGACCUAUGUGUUGCUCGCUAGCGGGAUGCUGCUGAAACGCUUCGGGCAGACAGUUCGGCUCGUGGACAGGCGAGUAUUGACAAAACCAGAGCUCAUAGUCGUGUCCAGUAAGUCGUUCUGAUACCACCAGCCUUGGACAGAUAGACGGGCA